UGAUGUUUGAAAUCAGUUAAUUAGAUCCAUCAUGUCACAAAAAGAAACACCAAAACCGAAAGUGGAUGCUGCAACAAUUGUGCAGAUUAUACUUGCAAUCUUCUUGCCUCCUCUUGGCGUUUUUCUUCGAUACGCUAUUGGCAUGGAGUUCUGGAUUUGCUUAUUGCUGACGAUACUGGGGUAUCUUCCGGGAAUCAUAUACGCAAUUUAUGUUUUACUUCUCUAGUGUUAAUUGGUUUUUAAUUUCUUACUUUUCUGGUUGUUUGUGAAUUGUGAUCAAAGAAUUUGAGUUUUGUGUUUGCA